CUUCUGUAUUCCUAUGGUGCUAAAUCAGUCCGCGUACAUGAACGAACUGCGCUACCAAAUAGUCCUACUAGUGCAGUUUUUGCUAUUAUUAUACGAUUUGUUUGCUAAUGCAUCUUCUGAAUUGUUUAGUCACGUUAAUGUUAAUCUUUCGGUAAUAUAUGUUGUUCAGGAUCUAUGUAUACUAUUCUGUAGUUUGAUUUUUUGCCUACUUCUGUCAAGCACGUUUGUUUUUCAAGCGGGCUAUAUAAAUUUGCUCUUGUCGCAAUUCAAAGAUGUUAUACUCGUCACAUUGUGUUAUCUGGUUUUGAGUAUUUCUUUACAUUGCUGGGGAACGGUACGAAAGUUUAUAAAUAUUACCCAUUUUUAGAUAUGGAGAUGGAACGACUCUGAUAAAAUGCCUUCUUCAGUUGGAUAUCAAAUGCUUUUUGCUUUUCAGAGGACAUGGUCAGUAUUAUACUACUUUUUUUACAAGAGAACAAUUUAUCGACUUGGAGAUUCCAGAUAUUAUGAGGACUGUGAAUGGAUAAAGAAACAAGUCAAAAAUAAUUUCUGAAGACAAAAAAAUCAUUGUUUAUAUUGGAAGAACUACAUACUUGUGAACAUCUUUGUAUAGCAAAAUGCAUGUUAAAUAAAUGAUUUUAUGUGCAAAUUAAUUUACUUAAAAUUAUUUGAAAAGAAUGUUAAAGAUACUUUGAUUUUUAACUUGGCCUACUUGCCGAUUUUUCUCGAUAUUUCAACCUGUUUAUUGCUAUAUUAAAAACAACCAGGGUCCAGUAAAGAAGUUGACGAAUUAAAUUAUCAAG